GGUAACUUCGUAAGGGCCAGGGGGCACGACGUGGAGAAGUCUCGGGAAUGAAAACGCCACUAGAAUAGCGCCCUUUCAGCCCUACAACCAGCAUGUUGAACUUCUGUUCAUCAUGACCUGAUGUCAAACUCCUCCCAACUCCAAUUCUCCUCCCACAACCCUUCCACCACGUAAUCAACCAUGAAUACAGUGAAAUCAGUAUACUACGGCUGGGGCACCCUCAUCGUCGCAGGAGGCGGCGCCUACUUUUUCGCCAAAAAGUCCAUCAACAAGGACAAAGCACAGAAAGCUGAAGCCGAGCGUUUGCGCAAAGAGCAACAGCGUCAAAUGGAAGCGCACUACAUCCCACCCUCCUCGGCCACGAAACAGAGCGUCGCGAGCGGCGGAUCACGACCGAAUACCGACUGGUCGCAGAGCAAUGAUGACGCGGGAAAUCCGAGCAAAGAGGCGAGCCAUGACCCGGCGCCGACGAGGCAUGAGCCCGAGACGGCGGAGCAGCGGGUGUGGGAAAAGAGCAAGUAUGAGAGUUCGGAUCCGUGGAGGAGUAAGAAGGGCGAUAGGCUUAGUUAGGGGCGGUUGAUAUGGGAUGAGUAGAGGCAUGCUGCGGUCCUGGGAAACCUGUAUAUUAUGAGCUGGGCGUACACGCAAAGAUAAGAGUUCAUUCAAUCGGGGGUUCGGCGUUUAUACAAGUCGCGGGUCACAAAUGUGCACUUCUGUCAAAUCUCAACUCCAUGUUUCCCAAUUCAAAGGUAAUGCUAAGGAUAAAUGGUUGAAGCUGUUUCAUUUGUAUUUCGCGUGCCACGCCGGGAGAAUUUACACCUGUAUCUUCCCUUAGAGAAGCCAUGCUCGCAUGAACUGAAGUUGG